GUAGCGGAGAGAACAUGAGCAGCAAGCGGAAAGUGGAGCUGUGCGACUCCCUACUUACAUGGAUGCAGACAUUUCAGGUCUCUGGUCCUUGCAGCUCCUAUGAAGAUCUCACAGGAGGAGUCGCUAUUGCACAGGUCUUGAAUCGCAUAGACCCAUCCUGGUUUAAUGAGGCCUGGCUAGUGAGGGUAAAGAAGGACACCACAGAAAACUGGCGAUUAAAGGUCAGCAAUCUGAAGCGAAUCCUGCAGAGCGUGCUUGAAUAUUACCAGGAUGUCCUGGGUCACCCUGUUUCUGAUGAUCACAUCCCAGAUGUGGCACUGAUUGGGGAGUUCUCUAAUGAUACUGAACUGAGGAAAAUGGUGCAACUGGUGCUGGGUUGUGCUAUCAGCUGUGACAAGAAGGAAGAGCACAUUCAGCAGAUAAUGACACUGGGAGAGUCUGUUCAGCAAGCAGUGAUGGAAUCCAUACAGGAGCUGCUCAACAAGGCCCCCUCUGAUGCAGUAACAAGUGAAAGUUUCAUCAACUAUGAUAGCCAGUCCCGCAAAUAUUAUUUUCUAAGUGAGGACAAUGAUGAAAAAAAUGAGAUUCUCCAGCGUUGCCAUGACCUUGAACAGCAGGUGUCUCUGCUUAUGGAAGAAAAGAAGAACAUGAUGGGUGAGAACCGAACCCUAAAAGAACAGCAGGAGCAGUCUGGCAUGGGUACUCCCCAACUGUUCAACAAAAAGUUGCUCCUUCUUCAGAGCCAGAUUGAACAACUGCAGGAGGAGAACUACAGACUGGAGAGCUCCAGAGAUGACUACAGACAGCGAUGCCAGGAACUAGAUCGGGAUGUGCAAGAGUUACAGCAGCGCAACCAGGACCUGACUGGCUUGGCACAUGAAUCUCAAGCACUAAGGGAUGAGAUGGACGUACUUCGCCACUCCUCUGACAGAGUGGGGAAGCUGGAAUCCCUGGUGGAUUCCUAUAAGAAGAAGCUGGAAGAUCUGGGGGACCUCCGGAGACAAGUGAAGCUCUUGGAGGAGAGGAACACCGUGUACAUGCAGCGCACCUUCCAGCUAGAAGAGGAUCUUCACAAGGCCAAUGCAUCCCGGGGGCAGGUGGAAAGCCUUAGCCGACAGGUCCAGGAGCUGCAUAAGAAGCAUUCAACGGAGUCUCUACGGGCUGAGAAAUGGCAGUUUGAGUUCCAGACCCUUAAAGAGAAAUUUGAGGCUUUGCAGAAAGAGAGAGAGAGGCUUAUAGCAGAGCGUGACUCACUGCGGGAGACAAAUGAUGAGCUGCGCUGCUCUCACCUACAGCAAACAUGCCUGGGACAAGCAGAUUUGUUGCUGUCGGGAUCUUCACCUCCCUUGGAAAAUUUAGCAGCAGAAAUUGUCCCAGCAGAGCUCAGAGAGACAGUGAUUCGGCUGCAGCAGGAGAAUAAGAUGCUUUGUGCGCAGGAAGCCUCGUACCAUGAGCGCCUCUGCGACCUUCAGAAUUUUCUGGAAGAAUCAAACCGAAGCAAGAACAGACUGGAGAGCGAAAGCAGGCUCCAGCAGCAGCAGAUCAAAGGGUUGAAAGCUCAGGUGGAGGAACUGCAAAAACAGCUCCGGGAGCAGGGGAAUCGGGCAGAGGAUUCUUCCCAGCUGAAGAGAAAACUGGAAGAGCACCUGGAAAUGCUACACGAUGCUCACUCUGAACUCCAGAAGAAGAGAGAAUAUAUCGAAACACUGGAACCAAAAGCUGAUCUUAAUAUGUCCCGUAAGGUGGAUGAAUUACAGCAGAUCCUUCAUCAGAAGGAGGAAGAUAUGAGGGCAAUGGAGGAAAGAUAUAAACGUUAUGUGGACAAAGCUAGAACGGUAAUUAAAAGUCUAGAUCCAAAGCAGCAGAACUAUAUCCCUCCUGAGAUUCAAGCCUUGAAGAACCAGCUACAGGAAAAAGAUACUCGCAUUCGCCACCUGGAGACUGACUAUGAAAAGACAAAAGUUCAGCGGGACCAAGAGGAGAAGCUUAUUAUUAGCGCCUGGUACAAUAUGGGUAUGGCUCUGCACCAGAAGUCAACAGAUGAGAAGACCCAGCCACCUAAUGGCGCACAGUCGUUCCUAGCUCAGCAGAGAUUGGCUACAAAUGCCAGACGGGGACAAAUCUCUCGCUCUCACACGCUGCUGCCCCGAUACAAUGACAAGAGACAAAGCCUCUCCUGAAGCUGCACUGCAGCAAUGGCUCCUGGUUCACAACUGGAGAACAAUAUAAACACUACAGAUCUACAAAUACCACAAAGAAUCAAUCCUUGUGUCAUAUAAGCUACAUACUGCCACUAGGCCAUGUGAUAGUGAAAGGUUUUAUCUGUUAAAGGGCCAGUCCUAAUUAUAUUGGUAGGGUUCAAUAGUUGGCAUGGGGUGUCUCACUGCAGCUGUUGCAGAAUUAUCAAUGUCAUAAAAAAAGGACACAGAGGCUCCACCUGCAGCUUUUUGUCUAAAGCGACUUGUGUUGUACAACUAUGGGAUGAUAAUUCCUUGUACAUGCAUUGCUGUGCUUAGUCCUGGCCCCUUUAACGGGGUAGCUUACUUCAUGUUAACUUUUUAGUAUUUUGUAGAAUGGCUAAUUCUAAGCAACUUAUAAUUGGUCGUCAUUUUUUCUUAAUUAUAGUUUUCGAAUUAUUUGUUGCCUUCUUCUGGAUCUUUCCAGCUUUCAAAUGGGGGUCACUGACCCCAUCUAAAAAACAAAUGCUCUGUAAAGCUACACAUUGUUAUUUUUUAUUACUCGUCCUUCUAUGCAAGUCUCUCCUAUUCGUAUCCCAGUCUCUCUUUCACAUCAAUGCAUGGUUGCUUGGGUAAUUUGCACCCUAGCAACCAGACGGAUGAAAUUGCAAACUGGAGAGCUGCUGAAUAAAAAGUCAAAAAUAACUCAAAAACUGCAAAUAUUAAAACAUGCAAGUUGACUCUCUACAUGAGACUAAAAAUUAAUUUGAAGGUGGACAACCCUUUUUAAGGGCCUAGAAAAAGUGGGUACCCCCAUAUUGCAGGUUUUUUUCAUUCUACACGAAGAAAAUUACCAGCACUCACGGUCUUAAUAUGCAGGAAAACCUUGCUUUAUUUCAGUGCGGUGAUGCCACCAUUCAUUCCCCAUCCCCCACUUAUACUCAAAGAUAAGAGAGGAUUUUGGACUGGCCAUUUAACCCAUAAAACCAAUCAUUAUUGAAAUCACAUGACGCCCCCUGUGGAAUUGGCCUGUAGAGAAGUACAAACCUUUUACCUUUACUCUCGCUGCCCUCCCUAAAAUUUAACUAUUUCACUUCCUUUCAUCCACUGACAUUCAAGUACUUCGCAUGAUGCUUUCACCAAAUAGAAACAAAUUGUACAUAGAUAUUUUUCCCACCUCUGAUUGAUUUAUUCUCUCCCCCAGAAUCCCCAGAUUAUGUAUUUUUCCAUGUUUUUUUGUUUUUUUUAAUCAAGCUAUUUUAAUACUGGGGGGUUUUUAACACUAAGAAUAAAUAUGUAACAGAAAUUGUGCAGAAAUAUAGCGUUAAAAGGACUUUUACAUCGCCGGGGAUCUUUAGUGAGGUUUAUAAAACACCAGAUUAUUUUUUUUUCUCCUUUUGGCCAAUGAUUGGGGUGAAGCUUUGCAUAGAAAUGUUUGAUGUCAAUAGUGAGGUUUUUUUUUCUUUUGCUUUAUUAUAAUUGGUUAGAAAGACACACUCCUCUCCCCUUGCUGUUCCCAGAAGCAUGUUGCACCUUAGUAAGUAUUUCUGUAUAUAUUUCAGUGUAGAUUUUAAAGUGCAAGUCAACCCCAAAAUAAAAAUGUGCCUAAUAAAAGAAAACAUCAUUCUAAGCAACUUUCCAGUAUACAUUCAUUACAAAUUUUCAGUCAUUUAAAAAAAAAUAAUAUUUGUAAAAACAAUAGCUAUUGAAAGCAGCAUUUGCUUAACUCCCAGUUAUUACUUUUUACACAAUGUUGCAAAAGUCUUGGUUCCCCAGCAAAGACAGGUCUGCUAAUCAGUUGCCUUGUCUUACAUUGUAUCAACAGUCUUAGACAUCAGGGCAGAGAAUAGAAAGGGACAGACAAACACACAUACAAAUAACUUAAAAACCAUAGAAAAUGUGUAAUGAAUGUAUAUUGCAAAGUUGCUUAGAAUAAUGUUUUCUUUUAUAAGGCACAUUUUUAUUUUGGGGUUGACUUUCCCUUUAAUACCAUUUUCUGUGCUGCCUUAACAAUAAUGUGUUGCUAUCAGAAAGCCUGGAGAGUCACAUGCUUUCUAAGGCAUCAAUGUAGCAAGAUAAAAUAAUAUAUAUAUAUAUAUAUUUAAAUGAUCAUGUGCAAGAUCUAGGGGGAUGGAUUUGGUACCCAUUUCUCUGCUCCGAUUGUUACGUUUAUGCCGUUGUAUAUACAAGUGCACGGCAUUAGUAACAAGUCCCAAGUUAUAGUAGAACUUUAAUUAUAAGCUAUUUUAUUUCUGAGUGGUUUACUUUGCCUUUUGUUUCCUAGUCAGAAAGCUCCCAGCAUAUUGUACUAAGAGUUGUAGGUCAGUGACCGGUGCAGUGCUGCUGCCUGGAGAUCCCUUUACAGUAAGUCGCUCACAAUAAGUGAUUUCCACCCUUUAUUUGGAAUAUUAUAUAGUAAUACACUAAAGAUCGUCUCCUUUGGCAACCUGAUCUUUACCGGGUUUGGCCACUAAUACGCUUGGGCAAAUCAGGAUGAUCUGGUUGUUUGGCCAUUGGGCUGCCAAUUGAAUCGUAAUGGAGUGUGCUGGGUCUCAUUAUGAUCCUUAAAGGAAAAGUAAACCUUACAAAUAAGUGAAUGUAAAUUUGGUGAGGGUGCUAUUCUAAGCACUUUUGCAAUGUACGUUCAUUAUUUGUUUUUUAAUUCCAAGAUAUUAAAGGAUACAUUUACUGUUAACAUAAAUGAAUUUGUUACAAUAGCGCCACCUGCUGGUCAGUUUCCCACCAGUCUGACCACCAAGUAGUCAAGGAAGUUGUCAGGAGAAAGAAAGAGGCUGCUCUGAUGUUCUUCUGCUUAGGAAAACAAUUAGAAACCUUUCUCACAUCUUUCCUAAUCAGAAGAACAUCAGAGCAGCCUCUUUCUUUCUCCUGACAACUUCCUUGACUACUUGGUGGUCAGACUGGUGGGAAAAUGACCAGCAAGUGGCGCUGUUGUAACAAAAUUCAUUUAUUAACAGUACAUGUGUCCUUUACUUGGAAUUUAAAGAAAUACAAUAAAAAUAUAAAUUGCAAAAAUACUUAAAAUAGCCCCCUCAUCAAUUUUACAUUCUAAGGUUUACUUAUCAUUUAACAUUAGUUAUAUGUAUUUCUGAACUGGAUGUUUAUUUUCAUGUCUGUGUCUCUUUAAAGUUAUAUCCUUACGCUCAAUGAACUAUGGGAAUAUUCUGUGCUGCCUUCUUUCCUCUGCCAUAUACAGGAUACCCCUCUCUUUAUUUGGACUUCCAUUUUCAUUUUGCACAAAUAUUUGUAGUUUAGUUGGUACAAUCCAAACAAUUGCCCUUCAACUGAUGUAAAACUACAACUCCCAGCCAAGGUCCGGCAAGGCUUUUCCUGGGAGUUUCAGUUCAGCAGCCUCAGUAGGACAGAUCAUUGACUGUAUAUCAUUGUUCAUUUAUGUAUUUUCGGGCGUUUUUACCAAAGCCAGAGACUGAGCAAUUGAGGUGGUGCAAUGGGCUGAUGACCAAUAAAUUAAAUGCAUUGUCGGUGCUGGAUUUAUCUUGGAUCAGAGCAAUGAUUUAUUUUGCUGCAGAAGUGACCCGGUGCUUUAUGGUAGAGAUUUCAGAGCUUGUUUUAUAGCAGUAGAUUCAUCACAAUCUCAGUGUUGCUAACAAAACAGAUGUCUGGUUUUAUACACUACAAAAAUAAAGUUUUAUUACUCUUUUUA